ACUGAGCCAAAGGCAGAGCCAUCGAGUGUUCAUUGCGUAGCGACACGAAAAUGUUCAGAGCAUAAUAAAUCGCGGGGUGCUACAGAAAUCAGCGCGCCACAAAGCUACAUUUGUUAAAAGUUGCAAACAAAGAGCCGCACGCAGCAAUAUGGCUGCUGCAUUUGCUUAUCGCUGGCUUUUGUGUGCGGCUGGCAUUGUUAAUGUGCUGCCGAUUGGAGCACAAAGGCACACAGCUUCAGAUAAUCCCUCAACGUACAAUAUAGGCGGCGUAUUGAGCAAUUCCGAAAGCGAGCUGCACUUUCACACAACAAUAGCGCAUCUAAAUUUCGAUCAGCAGUAUGUGCCGCGCAAAGUUACCUACUACGAUAAGACAAUACGCAUGGAUAAGAACCCAAUUAAAACGGUGUUCAACGUCUGCGAUAAGCUCAUCGAAAAACGAGUCUACGCCGUUGUCGUUUCGCAUGAGCAAACCUCAGGUGAUUUGUCGCCGGCAGCUGUGAGCUAUACGAGCGGCUUCUAUUCCAUUCCCGUCAUUGGCAUAUCCUCGCGGGAUGCGGCCUUUUCCGACAAGAAUAUCCACGUCUCUUUCCUGCGCACUGUGCCCCCCUACUAUCACCAGGCGGACGUUUGGCUCGAAUUGCUCAGUCACUUUUUGUACACCAAGGUAAUCAUCAUUCACAGCUCCGACACGGAUGGACGCGCCAUCUUGGGUCGCUUCCAGACCACCUCGCAGACCUACUACGACGACGUCGAUGUGCGUGCCACCGUGGAGCUGAUUGUUGAAUUCGAGCCCAAAUUGGAAAGUUUUACGGAGCACCUAAUUGACAUGAAAACCGCACAGUCUAGGGUAUACCUAAUGUAUGCCAGCACGGAGGACGCUCAAGUGAUAUUCCGCGAUGCUGGUGAAUAUAAUAUGACCGGCGAGGGACAUGUGUGGAUUGUUACCGAGCAGGCGCUGCAUGCGAACAAUACGCCGGACGGAGUGCUCGGCCUGCAGCUGGAGCACGCCCACAGCGACAAGGGACACAUUAGGGACAGCGUUUAUGUGCUGGCCUCGGCCAUCAAGGAAAUGAUUUCGAACGAGACCAUCGCCGAGGCGCCCAAGGACUGCGGCGAUUCGGCGGUCAACUGGGAGUCAGGCAAGCGACUCUUUCAGUACCUGAAGAGCCGAAAUAUUACGGGAGAAACGGGUCAGGUGGCCUUCGAUGACAACGGGGAUCGCAUUUACGCCGGCUACGAUGUAAUCAACAUACGCGAGCACCAGAAGCAGCACCUGGUGGGCAAGUUCAGCUACGAUAGCCUAAGGGCCAAGAUGCGGAUGCGCAUCAAUGACAGCGAGAUCAUUUGGGGCGGCAAGCAGAAGCGCAAGCCGGAGGGCAUCAUGAUACCCACGCACCUCAAGGUGCUGACCAUAGAAGAGAAGCCAUUUGUCUAUGUGCGGCGCAUGGGCGACGAUGAGUUCCGCUGCGAGCCGGACGAGCGUCCCUGCCCGCUGUUCAAUGCCAGCGAUGCGACAACGAACGAGUUUUGUUGUCGUGGCUACUGCAUCGAUCUGCUCAUCGAGCUCUCGAAGCGCAUCAAUUUCACCUAUGACCUGGCCCUGUCGCCCGAUGGCCAAUUCGGGCACUAUAUCCUGCGCAACAACACGGGCGCGAUGACCUUGCGCAAGGAGUGGACGGGACUCAUCGGGGAGCUGGUCAAUGAACGUGCCGACAUGAUCGUCGCACCACUAACCAUUAAUCCGGAGCGUGCCGAGUAUAUCGAAUUCUCGAAACCAUUCAAAUACCAAGGCAUUACAAUACUCGAGAAGAAACCGUCCCGAUCGAGUACUCUUGUGUCUUUCUUGCAGCCAUUUAGUAACACGCUAUGGAUCUUGGUAAUGGUGUCGGUUCAUGUUGUGGCGCUCGUGCUCUACCUGCUGGACAGAUUCUCACCGUUUGGACGCUUCAAGCUAUCGCACUCGGACAGCAACGAGGAGAAGGCCCUCAAUCUCAGCUCGGCGGUGUGGUUCGCCUGGGGCGUGCUGCUCAACAGCGGCAUUGGCGAGGGCACGCCGCGCAGCUUCUCGGCCCGUGUGCUGGGCAUGGUCUGGGCUGGCUUUGCGAUGAUUAUUGUCGCCUCGUACACGGCCAAUCUGGCGGCCUUUCUCGUGCUGGAGCGACCCAAGACGAAGCUGAGCGGCAUCAAUGAUGCCCGGCUGCGCAAUACCAUGGAGAAUCUGACCUGUGCCACGGUCAAGGGCUCAUCGGUGGACAUGUACUUCCGCCGCCAGGUGGAGCUAUCCAAUAUGUAUCGCACCAUGGAGUCCAACAACUAUGUCACCGCCGAGCAGGCCAUACAGGAUGUGAAGAAGGGCAAGCUGAUGGCUUUUAUCUGGGACUCUUCUCGGCUCGAAUAUGAGGCUUCCAAGGACUGUGAACUGGUCACGGCUGGCGAGCUCUUUGGACGCAGCGGCUACGGCGUUGGCCUGCAGAAGGGUUCGCCCUGGACGGAUGCCGUAACCCUGACCAUACUGGAGUUCCAUGAGAGCGGCUUUAUGGAGAAACUGGACAAGCAAUGGAUCUUUCAUGGCCACGUCCAGCAGAACUGCGAGCUCUUCGAGAAGACGCCCAACACGCUGGGUCUCAAGAAUAUGGCGGGCGUGUUCAUUCUAGUGGGCGUGGGCAUCGCUGGCGGCGUAGGUCUCAUCAUCAUCGAGGUCAUCUACAAAAAGCACCAGGUGAAGAAGCAAAAGCGCCUGGACAUUGCCCGGCACGCGGCGGACAAAUGGCGCGGCACCAUUGAGAAACGAAAGACAAUACGCGCCUCGCUGGCCAUGCAGCGACAGUACAAUGUGGGUCUGAUGGCCAGACAGCCGCCCGGCACGAUCAGCCUGGCGGUGGAUAAACGCCGCUAUCCACGCCUGGGUCAGCGCCUGGGACCGGAGCGCGCCUGGCCUGGGGAUGCGGCCGAUGUGCUGCGCACACGCCGACCCUACGAUCUGACCAAGUCGGGUCUGGUGCCGCCAGCGCUGGGUCUGGGCAAGACGCGACCCCAACAGAAUCCAUUGCCGCCGCGCUACUCGCCCGGCUACACCAGCGAUGUCUCGCACCUGGUCGUCUAA